UCUAUAAAAGUUCGGAAGAGUCUCGAUCGCACGCCACACGCGUGAAAGCUCGCAAGUGAAACGCCGCCCGCCCGACACGUUCCUCUUUUUCUACGUGCCUUACAUUUCGGAAGUAUCACCUGUAUCCGAUUCACACAUAGGAGAAAUGCGGACCGCCGCAAGCACAAUUUUUGUGGUCGCCUGUUCGGCGAUCGCGUUGGUGAUUGCGAAACCGGCGCCAGAACCUCCGGUGAGCUCAUACUUCCCACCCUCCGGCGGGGGUGGCGUGUCCGGUAGCUACGGACCACCCGCUGAUCGUUACGGGCCGCCACAACAGAGUCCGGUAGUCCACAAGCAUGUGUAUGUCCAUGUGCCGCCGCCGGAAGCGCCCGAGUACAAGGCGCCCAAACAAGUGCCGUUGCCACAGCCGCCGCAGAAGCACUACAAGAUAGUCUUCAUUAAAGCACCGACGCCGCCCACGCCGACCGCGCCGCAAUUGCCACCGCUACCGCAACCGGAUGAGGAGAAGACGUUGAUCUACGUGCUCGUCAAGAAGCCGGAAGAAGCGCCCGACGUCGUACUUCCGACACAGGCGCCGACGCAGCCCAGCAAGCCCGAGGUCUACUUCAUCCGCUAUAAAACUCAGAAGGAAUCGCAGGGCGGUGAAUACGGUCCACCGGGGCAGCAACCUGGACAACCCAUCGAUAGUUAUGGAGCACCACAUCCGGGUCCCAGCGGGCCGUAUUAAAUUGCUCGUUGAAUAAAUCGAGAAUCGUAUAUUAUACCGUCCUCGAAACUCGGCCACCUUCACACGGAGACGGUUUCUCUAUCUCUCGGAGACUAUUCUCGAUCAUUUUUUUUUUCUCACAAUGACAUGGACGAGAAUCCGGACAUUUGGAUCUUAAUAAUUGUAGGAGGGAUGUAUAUAUAUCGCUUGUAUCUUGUAAGAUAGACCGCAUGGUCUUUAAAAGAUGCUUAAGAAGCAGACGCUUCGUGUUGUCAAAUCGCAUGCACAUGUAGAUACAUACAGAAUUCUCGAAUAAUUGGCCGAGUAUCGAGUACGAUUGAGAGUUCGUGUCUCUUCUAAAAAGAAAAAUGUAAAACAAAUCAUUUUAUAUACGAGACGUCGAUGUUUCUUUCGUAUCUUUUAAGAAAAUAAUAGUAAAUAUACAUUUUUUUAUAUCAA